AUGGUCGCUCCACCCGCAACGGGUGGUGUCGCACCUACAGCUGCAUCGGUCAACAAUGCUACCGCCCCUCGAGUGAACGGUGUUGGCCCUAAUAUGGUCACUCCAUCAUUUCCUUACAGUGCGCGUCAUGCACCUCCUCUUGAUCUACGUACGGUUGAGCGCAAGGGCAACCCCUCAAGUCGUGAUCCUCCCUCGAGGAGCCGUCUUUACAAUCUACCCGAAGCACCUACCUAUCGACCAACCGAAGCCGAGUUUCGCGACCCCAUGGAGUAUAUUCGAAGCAUAUACGACCAGGCUAGCAAGUAUGGAAUUUGCAAAAUUAUCCCGCCCGAGAAUUGGAACCCAGAUUUCGCUAUUGACACCGAGCGAUUCCAUUUUCGAACACGGCGGCAGGAAAUCAAUUUAGUCGAGGGGGGAAAUCGGACUAAUCUCAACUAUCUGGAUCAGCUCGCCAAAUUUCACAAACAACAGGGUGCUCAUCUUAAUCGGUUCCCAAGUGUCGACAAACGACCGCUUGAUCUGUACAAGCUCAAGAAGGCCGUCGAAGUCCGUGGUGGGUUCGAAAGGGUUUGCAAGGAUAAGAAAUGGGCCGAGAUUGGGAGAGAUCUGGGCUACAGUGGGAAGAUUAUGUCUUCGCUGUCCACGUCUUUGAAGAACUCAUACCAGCGGUGGUUGCAUCCCUAUGAAGAAUAUCUCAGACGGGUCAAACUCGGCGGUCCCCAACUACCCGAGAGCGAUCUCGGUGGUCCUUACUCACCACAUGUACAACCUCACCAAUCUCCCAUGAGCCAUCCAGGAGCUCCGCAUUCCGCGCCUCCAGUCAUGGCCACUGGCUCCCCUGCCAUGCAGCCCGCAGCGCCUCAAAGUCCUUCACUUCAACAUUCUCUCCCACCGUCCCAGCAACCGCUACAACCUCAACAGCCUCCUCCAAUUGCCCAUCAAUUACCGGCGCCCAGCCCGCAACCUCGGCCUAUAUCUUCUUCUGGGUUUACCGCUGUCAACAGUGGCUUUGCGGCAGUCAACAACCCAGGGGGGUUUACAGCAGUUAAUCACCUCCCUCCUCCAAUCGUCAAGACCGAAGCAAAUGGUGUUCAACCUAUGACGCAAAAUUCAGCAAGUCCUUUCGUCUCCAUCAAUGGUCCAGUCAUAACGACCGUUCAUCCCAAUAACGCAAUGACGAAUGGUUCCAACCCCUUGAAAAGGACCAUGAGCCAUGAUAGUCUCAAUGGUGAGUCUAGCUCUGAGGGUUUGGACACCGAGCUGGACGGUGUGAAUGGAAGAAGGAGCAAACGCCCGAAGAAAGACGCCCCCCCUGUGAUUCCAGGAAAUCAUAUUCCAGCGAUGCGCUCAUCAACACCACAAGUACGGGCGAAAUCUCAAGUCAGGAGACACGGUGAGAGAUGUGAGAAGUGCGGCAAAUCUGAUAACAGAGAGACCAUUCUACUCUGUGAUAGCUGCGACCUAGGUUAUCACAUGCAUUGUGUCGAACCACGCCUGACCCAGUUACCCGAGUUUGACUGGCAUUGUUCCAAGUGCUUGGUUGGCACUAACGAUUACGGCUUCGAGGAAGGUAGUGUCUACUCGUUGAAGCAAUUCCAGGACAAGGCGAACGCUUUCAGAGACAACUACUUCAGCACUCGGCAGCCCUUUGAUCCAGUGACGAACACUCAACGGAGGCUGACCGAAGACGAUGUUGAGCGAGAAUUUUGGCGUCUCGUUGAAGAUAUUACGGAAUCUGUUGAGGUGGAAUACGGCGCCGACAUUCAUUCCACAACGCAUGGAAGUGGGUUUCCAAGUGUCGAGAAGGCGCCAUUGAACCCUUACUCAAAAGAUCCGUGGAAUCUCAAUGUCAUGCCUUUUCUGGAAGAGUCUCUCUUCAGACAUAUCAAGGGUGACAUAUCUGGAAUGACUGUCCCCUGGCUCUACGUGGGAAUGUGUUUCUCUACAUUCUGCUGGCAUAACGAAGACCACUAUGCGUAUUCAGCCAACUACCAGCACUUUGGUGCUACGAAAACUUGGUACGGCAUACCUGGUAAGGACGCGCAUGCCUUCGAAUCAGCUAUGCGAAAGGCGGUUCCCGAGCUAUUCGAGACACAACCUGAUCUACUCUUCCAACUCGUCACGAUCCUCCCUCCCAAUCAACUGAGGAAGGCAGGGGUCGAAGUCUAUGCUCUUGACCAGAGAGCCGGCCAAUUUGUCAUCACUUUCCCUCAAGCGUAUCAUGCGGGAUUCAACCAUGGCUUCAAUUUCAAUGAAGCGGUCAACUUCGCUCCCGCCGAUUGGGAACCUUUUGGAGAAGCUGGCAUACAGAGACUACAGGAAUUCCGCCGUCAGCCAUGCUUUUCGCAUGACGAACUCUUGUUCACAGCAGCUGCAUCAGAUACAACCAUCAAGACUGCUAGGUGGCUGGGACCAGCCCUGGAGCGCACAAGAGAUCGAGAAUUGGUCGAGCGAGAGAAGUUCAUUGCGCUGCACAAAUCAUUGCGCCCUCACGAUGACUGCACGUUUGACACUCUUGCUUCGGAACCUCCCUAUGCUUGUGGUUUGACGAUAAAAGUCGAGAACGUUGAAUUGGAAGAGGAGGAAUAUCAGUGCUGCCAUUGCAAAGCCCUCUCAUAUCUUUCUCAAUUCCGUUGCCAUCACAGUCGUAAAAUCACCUGUCUCUUACAUCCUGACGUGGCUGAUUGCUGUGCCGAAACUCCACAAGAAAGACUAUUGGGACCUAACCACAGUCUGUUGCUGCGUUACACAAAUCACGAUUUGAAUAGUGUAGUACAGAAGGUUGUGGACAAGGCGAAUGUACCCGAAGCAUGGGAAGCAAAACUUGAAGCGCUUCUCACAGACGAUGCGGCGCCACCACUGAAGUCAAUGCAUACAUUGUUGACUGAGGGAGAGAAGAUCCCAUUUCAUCUCAAUGGACUGGACGACUUGGCAGAUUUUGUGAAAAGAUGUGAUCAAUGGGUCGAGGAAGCAAACCUUUAUCUAACUCGCAAACAACAAAAUCGACGCAAGACAGACAAGACGCUUCGAAGAUCGUCCAUUCGAAACGGCAAAGCUGAUGAAAAAGACGAACCCCAAUUGACACUAGAACGCAUGAAGGAAUUGAUCGAGGAUGGGGAGCAACUCAGCUUCAGUGCGCCGCAGCUCGAAAGUCUUCAGGAGAAGGUCCAGGUCAUAGACGAUUGGCGAGCCAAUGUCAAGCGAAUACUUUCAGGAAUGAUGCAAGCCAAUACCGAAGAGCUGGACACACUCCUGGAGGAAGGUCGAGGAUUCAUGGCAGGCGUACCUGAGCUCGCAAGCCUCGAAAAGGUUCACGCUCGCACCCAAUGGCUUGAGGAAGCUCGGCUUGUGAAAACAGAUGUGAAUCUUCGAACUUUGAACGAGUGUCGAGAUCUUCUGAAGCGGAUAGGAGAUCUCGAAAUCUUACCCCAGGUACCUGAGGUGGUGUAUCUGACAGAAGUGGUCCGUCAGGGAGAUUUCUGGGAGAUCAAAGCCGAAGAAGUCAUGGCUGCUGAAGAUGUUCACUAUCCUCAACUAGAGUCGCUACACUCACAGGUCCAAAAUCAGCAAUUUCCAGUCAACAAGGAUACAUUGGCACGGAUGGAUGCGAUCUUGGCGAGAAACCGAGAAGCGAAACGACAGAUCAUCACCCUAGUCGAGCGAAGUCAUGAUCCGGAUCUACGAAAGCGGCCUGAAUAUGUCUAUGUUCGAGACGUGGUCAAGGGUUUCGAGGAUCUCAAUGGUAAGCCACAUGGCGCCGCUGAUCUAGAGAAGGAGCUCCGAAGACAUGAAGAUUGGAUGCGUAGGGGCAAAAAGUUGUUUGGCAAGGCGAACGCUCCACUUCACAUUCUUGAGCAGCAUAUGAAGUUUGUGGAGGAGAAGAACAAUUUUUGCUUUGAUCUGAACGACACGUUUCGACCACCGGUGGAACCAGCGUCGAGAGAAGCAACGCCCAAUGAGGGCCAGGAGAGGAAUGCAAUUGGCGACGAUGAAAAGCCGGUGUUCUGUAUCUGUCGACAACCUGAAGCAGGUCUCAUGAUUGAAUGUGAGAUCUGUCAUGACUGGUACCAUGCAAAGUGCUUGAAACUGGCGAGGGGCAAGGUAAAGGAAACAGAGAUGUUCACAUGCCCCAUUUGUGACUGGCGUGUGAAGAUUCCUCGUGAUGCUGCCCGGCCCAAACUGGAAGACCUCUUGGACUGGCAAGCAGAAAUCGCUGAUUUGCCCUUUCAACCUGAGGAGGAAGAGCUUCUCAAACGGAUUGUGGACAAGGCUUCGAACUUCAGAGACUUUCUACAACAAUAUACAAGCGGGAAUCAGCUCUGUAGGACCAUCGAGGAGAUGCCGGAGAUGCUCUUCUAUCUGCGAAAGAUUGAAGGUGCAGAGGUACUUCUGGCCUAUGAGACAAAUAUCUUCCGACAAGCGCUUCAUACGUGGCAGCCAAUUGCACCUGAACCACCGCCAAUUUUGGAUCAGAGCUUGUCAACCCGGAAGCCACGCCCAACUAAGCAGCAAAAAUUGAUGAAAGAGCUCGGAGUAGAGAAACCCGAAGACCUCCCUCCUCAUCUCAGGACGAAAACUUAUGUGCGCAGGAAGACUCAAGAAUCAUUCGUCACAGGCCCGUUACUUCCCAAACCUUCCACUCAAUCACCAUCGGCUCCAGGAUCUGCGGCAAGCCCAAGUCAAAGUCAUACAGCUGGUAACGCUGAAACACCAGGGGCGAUGCAGCGACAAGGUUCGACGGGCAAUCCAGCCUCUGCUGGAGGAUUUGAGGGUGGGUAUCUCUCUGGGUCAACACCUUACAGCGGCGCCUUUGGAGCCCACCGUCCAGGAUCAUUCCCUCCUCGGUCCCCUUCGCCUAUGUUCAGCCCGACCAGAGAUCAACCACCGGAGGGAAUGAGGGAUCCGAUGAUGCCGGCAUUCAGAGGAGAGACGAGCGCAGAACCGCGAAACCUUGAUGCGUCCUUUCCCAUGUUUCGGCCUGACGAGGGGUUAGGCUUAGAUGGCGAUGACGAUCUUCGCAACGGUUUGACCAAUGUCAGCGCCAGCGAGACAAAUACACCGCACGACAGAUCACCUGCCGGAGGGGGCGAGUACGACAACAUGUUCAUGGACAUGACAAAUCAUGAUGUGGAUGGCACCCAUGAGACCGUGCCCAGCCUCGAGCAGGAAACGAGUCACGCGAGCGAAGCUCUCGACAUGAUUCGAACAGCCAGUCAUGAGCCUGGUAAUGAGCCCGCUGAUGAGGGUGACGGAGAUAUUGUUUCGAAGAAUUUUGAUGACUUCAUCAAUGGAGACGAACCGAAUUAG